AUGGAAGUGGAGAAGAUGGAUGAGAAUGAAUGGAAGUACCACGGGGAAGGCAACCAGAGCCUCGUCGUCUCACACUGCCAGCGCUGUGUGGUGCUGCGGUUUCUGAAGUUCCCCCCCAACCAGAAUAAGACUCCAGAGGAAAUACUACACCAUCUGCAAAACAUCGUAGACUUUGGAAAACAUGUGAUGAAGCAGUUCUUUGGGGAGAACUAUGUUCACCAUGGGGAAAUUAUUCAACUGCCUUUAGACUUUGUAAGACAGCUCUGUUUGAAAAUCCAGCCAGAGAGGCCAGAGUGUCGCUGUGACAAGGACAUGGACACGCUGAGCGGUUACGCGAUGUGCCUUCCCAACCUGACGCGGCUGCAGACCUUCCGCUUCGCUGAGCACCGGCCCAUCCUCUGCAUCGAGAUCAAGCCAAAGUGUGGCUUCAUUCCUUUUUCCAGCCAUGUUUCACAGGAGAUAAAGCACAAGGUGUGUCGUUACUGUAUGCAUCAGCAUCUAAAGGUAGCCAAUGGAAAAUGGAAACGACCAAGUAAAUAUUGCCCGUUGGAUCUCUUCUCAGGAAAUAAACAAAGAAUGCACUUUGCUUUGAAGAGCUUAUUACAGGAGGCACAGAACAACUUGAAAAUAUUUAAGAAUGGGGAACUAAUUUAUGGCUGUAAGGAUGACCAGGACUGCGUGUCUGACUGGAACGAACUUGCUCGUCACUUAAAGCCUUUCUUUUUCCCUUCCAAUGGGCUGGUCAGUGGCCCCCACUGCACAAGGACAAUUGUUAAGGAAUUAAUCCACGUGAUAACCAUGGCGCUACUGAGUAGCACUGACACCUGCAGGGCAGGAGACAUGAAGACAGUUCCCAUUUCACAAGGGAGAAGCUACUGUGAAGCAAGUGCUUUUAAUAAGGAGCUAGUAAGAAGUGGUAAACAUAAAUUGGAAAGCUCUGGUUUACCGAGGGGUUGUCUCCUUUAUAAAACCCUUCAGGCUCAGAUGCUUGACAUGCUGGAUAUUGAAGGACUCUAUCCUUUGUACAGUAGAGUUGAACAGUACUUGGAGGAAUUUCCUGAAGAGAGAAGUACAUUACAGAUAGAUGGACCUUACAAUGAAGCAUUUUAUGAGAAGCUGCUGGACCUUUCCCUGGAAGAUGACGGGACAGUGGCAUUUGCAUUAACAAAGGUGCAGCAGUACAGAAUAGCAAUGACUGCUAAAGACUGCUCCAUCAUGAUUGCCCUUUCCCCCUGCCUGCAAGAUGAAUGCUCUGAGCAAAGACCUGUGGUACUGACAUCCAAAUCCAGAUUUACCUUCUCUGUUUCUGUGCUGGACCUGGACCUGAAGCCCUAUGAAAGCAUCCCCCACCAGUACAAACUCGAUGGUGAAAUAGUCAACUAUUACCUGAAGAAUGUACAGGCCAAAGAGGACCCAGUUAUGUCCAACCUCUUCAAGGAGAAUGAAGACUGCACAUUAGUUCUCCAUAAAGUGUAA